CACACAUAGGCUUCACUGGAACACCACAGAGAACACCUCUGCACAUUUCUAUAAAUUAAGUCAUGACUUCUUCCCUGACAUCCUCUGUGACUGAUGUGGGAGUAUGGAUUCUUGAAAAUAAAGAACAAAUUGAAAAGGCAGUGGAGAUCGUAGGCCAAGGAUGUGCGAUCCUGGCAGACACUGUAGGCCAGUUGCAUCCCAUCCUGGGGGCAGUUUUUAGGAUCUCAGCUAAGCUUCUUAGCAACCCAGAGGGCAAAGAGGCUAAGUUCCUCACUAAACAGUUUGAAAAGGUCAACCAGACAAUGGAAAAGCUUCAAGGUGAUUUAGAAGAAACACAGCGGCUGAUUGAGAGAUCUUCAUUGAACAUAGAGUACUUUAAAAUCUACUCACAGAUAAUCGGACAGUAUGAAAUGUUCAACUAUAUUUUCACAGCCAAACCCGAGUUUAAGAAGGUGAAAAUAAAUGAGUUCCUCAUCUACUUUGAGCAAUAUGAGAGAGAAAAGAACCUUAAAUGCUUGUACAAUGCCAUCACUAGAGAUAGAAUACUGGAUAAGAUCCUGACCACUGAGCAAAGGAGCAGGAAGGCAGUGGAGGAGUUCUGUGCUAGCAUAAAGAAGGUGUUUUUGGUUGGUGUUGUAGCAUUGAUGGGCUACAAUGCACUAACGGAAGGCCCUGUUAAAGAGGACAAGAUGAAGAAAUGGCAUGGUCGCAUGGAGGAGGUGGAGAAGCUCAUGAAGGCGGCAGUGGAUAAAUGUGUGAAUGAGUUUGCUGAGCAAGCCAGGGAGGAUUUAGAUAAGAUAAAUUAUGAGACAAUGAGCCCCGAAUCCCUACUGGAUAUUCUUGUCAAGAAGUAUUACUGGGUCUCCUGGUCAGUUAGGGUCUUUAUUCAUGAAGACUGGAAACUUGUGAAGUUUUUCCUUGGCAAGCAGCACCACGUCAGUGGUGUCAAUUAUUUUGAGUUUCUGAGCAAAAAUAAAAAAAAGAUUGUGGUGUCUUUCACUGCUAAACCUAAACCACUCAACAUGAGUCUGAUAACCGAUCAAAUAGAGAAAGAGAAAGGUGACGUUGAAUCUGUGGCUGAGUCUCUUUGCAAGUCUCAUCCCAAAUGUCUUGUCCAUGUUGUCAGUCGCUGGUACAAAGUGGAGGAAGCCAAUAAUUUCAAUACAGACCACUAUUUUAAGUCAGACAAAAAAGCACACAUUUUUAUUUACUCGGAAUAAUAGGAUUUUGAUCAAACUGAAUUUACUGAUGAUAAUCAGAGUCUACACCAUGUACUCAGUUUAAAUCCAUCAGGCUUCUAUUAAUUAACACUCAAAGUCUUAACAUUUUUUGUUGUUGUUGUUGUUGUUGCUGUAAUUAGCUCUUAAUAAUGGAAACUUAGACUGAUGGUCAAAGCAUUAAAGCUUGACUAUAACACAUUAGCCUCUAAGGAGGGAAAGAUUGAAAAUAACAUUAAAUAUAGAUUUUGUGCA